AUGAUUGAUCCAGAACAGCACUAUCACCAGGACAGGCAAGAACAUACACCGCUGUCUGCUCCUCACACUGCUACUACUCGUCCUUUUUCACCACCACCUCCUGUCAAGACUCGAUUCUCAAAUAUCGGUGGCCAGAUUGCCAAGGCUGCUCGGAGGUUGUCUAUGACCUCUUCCUCUUCCAACAACACCAAGGUCUUAACAACAUCAUCGGAACCAGAGAGCCCUUCUCCUCUCUCUCCAAAUCUUUUUCACCCAGAAACUACUUCUCCAGACCUCAAAAAGAAAGAACAGCGACAGUUCCCUUCUCCACAGAUGUCUCUUCUCUCCAAAAACAAAGACAAGGCCAACAAUAACAAUCCCAAGUCAAAGGCAAAAGAGAAGCUUGCUAACAAGAUUGAUCUGUUCAAUCUAAAGUCUAGGAACGCGAAUCCUUCACAGACUAACCUUGUUGCUUCGCCUACGACCAUAAUAUCCCCAUGCACGCUCCCCACAACCGUUACAAAUAACAAGCCUCGAUCUAACUCACCUCCAGCGCCGCCGAGCAAAGACACAUUCUGGAGAGGCAAGGCUCGUCAGAGUACUGUAAUCGCAGGUGAUGAUUAUCAACCAAUGGUUGAGCAACAGCAUCAACAAACUUCGCUUCCAUCUGAACAAACAGCACCAAGAGUUGUAGCAGGUUCACCUGCUGAGCUGCAAGGAUUACCAUUGUAUGCAUCAACAACAGAAGUCUCUGCAGGCCAGCAUCACACAGAUGACAUGUUGGACACGAAUGACAGCAAUAAAAACAAUAAAAGGGAUGCAUUACAGAGUACAAUGACACAAAUACAAACACAAACAAAAUCUCUUCCCUGCGAUAGACCCUUGUCACCCACACCUCCAAAAUAUCAGUCCAAGGUGCAUGCUCUCAAGCAGCAGUUACUACAGCACUCACAGCAGCCACACAGCAUCGGUAAUAGCAGUAGCAACAACAGCAACAACAACUACAAUAACAACAACAACAUGUAUAAUAGUAAUAGUAAUAGCAAUAAUAAUAAUAAUCGCUUAACUGGCGCGGUCGUGGAUGAUGAUCUAUCGAAAGCCUGUGCCAGUAAUUGUCUUGAGCAACAGGAAAGGAGUAGUGUUAAUAAUAACGAUAAAAGCCUCAAUGCCAGUGACAGCAGCCUGCAAAUGGAAGAUAUGACGUUUGAUAUCUACGAUAUAAAUGACCAAGGGCAUUCAAGCCUUGGAAGUUCACGACGGAGCUCAAUACGAAGUCUCGGACCUGGGGCAAAUACUGCUUUAGCUACAGCAGGCCCAACGAACCCCUUGAACCAUGCGCUACCCAUGAUGGGGGCGCCUGCGCCUACUCAAACAACAGUAGUAACAGCAGUAUCAUUAUCAUCAAUAUCAUCACUGGAAUCGACUUUGUCAACAAUCUCAACGCCAAAACCGCAUAGAUCCCAUAAUUUCCCUUAUCAGAUGUCAGAGAAUAGGCCUCUUAACGCCCUUGAGAUACAGCAGCAACAGACGCGUCAUUCACCGGAACAGGAGAGACUUUCAGCAGACCUAAUUCUUCCUUCGCCAUUAUCCUCACAAUCUUCCUCUGGUCCCAGGAAAACUAAUAUAGUACCAACCCAAAACAUUUCUCGCGACACCUUGCCUAUUCAGCCAGCUAUGUCUACCCCAUCCUCAUCCUCUGCGUCAUCCAUACCUUCACAACAUCAACAGCAGCACCAACAGCAGCAGAGAGCCCAAGGGUUCUUAACUGCUGAAGUCAUACCGAGUAACUCUGCUAUGCUAAACCAACUGUUGGCACUGGCACCAAGCUCCAAUCGGCCUCGGCUACCCUCACAACAAGAAUGGGAGCGAGGAUUCGAAGAGCUCAGACAGAAACGCAAGGAAGCAGACACAGAUAAUGGGGUUGGAGCCCACGCUGUCAUCCUCACAUCAUCGCUAGGUCGGCAGAAUUCAACAGGUAGUCGACACAGCAAGGAGGCCAGUAACAGCAGCAACAGUGGAGUGGAUGGCAAGGCUCGACGGCAUUCCAUGCCAGCUACACCGCAAGGCCAGAAUCAUGAAGAUCGUGAACGACAACGAGGAGAUAACUUUAAGAACCCGAUGCUGCUUUCGUCAUCAGCCCAUCUUGCUGUAAACAGUAACCAUACACAAAAUAAGCGGCGCUCAGUAUAUGAGGACAGAGCACACCAACAACCCCCAAUUCAAAGGCAGCCUAUCUUAGAGAACUCUUCCUUAACCCACACGGCCAUUUAUGCAACUAGAGCAUCAGUCGAGCUUAAAACGACGAGAGAAGGGGAUUGCAACGCUUCUGCAUCCACACGCGGCUGCUCUAUAGAGCAAGAUCCAAUGAAUGAGAUCGCCAAGGAUCCAAUUGACAUCGCUUUUGACAACAUGAUUGCGUCAUUAUCGCUUCCUGCUACCACGAGGGCGCAAUUGGAAUUACUGCCUAAAGACCGUAAAUGGACUAUGCUACAAUCCAACGAGGCUAAUCCAACUCUGUAUCAGACACCUCAGACCAUGCCGCCGCAGUUCUUUAUUGAGGCACUAUUGGAGUUCGCAGGAAAGCGUAAAGAUAAUAAGGAGAAGAAGAAGGAGCGAUCGUCUCGAGAGUUAUUUUUCUUAAAUAAUAACAGCGCCAGCAAAAGCGACGAUAGCAACAAUAAUGGCAAUAACAAUAAUGGAUCCUUUGACAUGUGUAAGAACAAGAGCGCCACUAGCCUCGACCAAUAUGGAGGGUCUUUUAGCAAUGGCAAUUUUAAUAGUCCAUCCUCACCCCACUUCGAUCUUCCUUCUUCGUUCCAGCAGCAUCUAUCAUCACUGCUGAGCGGCGGUGAUAACAGCGGUAGCAGCGCAAGGAAUGGGAAGAGAGCACUGGAAGAACGAGAGCAGGUGCUAAAGAAGCUACGUGUAUUGAUUCGGAACGGCUCAAUCCGUUGGACAGGAGAGUUUAUCAAGGCUGGCGGAUCUCUUGCAUUAUUGGAGUUCUGUUCUCAUUUACAGAAAUCAGAAGAAAUGAAACUAGGACAUCGUGAACGCCUUUUGCAUCAGGUCCUUCAGUGUAUCAGGGCGAUCGUCACGCUUGAAGGAGGUAUUGAUUCUCUUGUUAUGGAAGGAAGCGUAUUCUUUGGUCUUAUGCGUACCCUCGCCAUCCAUUCUACCCCCAUUCUUCCUCAUUCCUUUGGAGUGAAGUCAAAGACUGGAUUUUUUAAAGGAGAUCCUAAAUCUAGUGGUCGAACAAAUAGUUCUGUGGCUACGGGAGCGUGCUCUACUUCAGGAGCUCGAUCUCGCUCAUCUUCCGUCCCAAAGCCAAUAUCCAUACGCUUCGGGAACAGUGGAUCAUCGUCAGGGCUCCUUCAGCCUUCGUCAGGUCUCUCCUUGGAUCAAACUCCAGUAUUUUCAAAUGCCCAGGCAUCUGUUAGUAUUCUAGCGGCAAUCCUUGCAGUAGAGCCUGACUUGCGAGACCGCAUCUUGAAAGAGACAGUAGCGGACCAAAACAAGGGCAAUAUUACAAAGAAUGGCCUUUCGUCGUUGCCAUGGGAGACAAGCAUCAGUAGUGACGAGGAUUUCAAUCGCGGUAUCUACAAUUAUUCUGAAUGGAUUACGCACUUGAAAGAGAUUAUUAAGAUGUGCGGUGUUGAUAUCCCAUCAACAUUAGCUUCGACAACAACAGCGUCGAGACAAUCCAUAGAGGCGACGGAAGAUACGCGAGGGCUCAUCAGAAAUGGAAUUGGAGGAACUGGAGGAAGGGAGAGCGGCUCAUUUUCUUCAAAAGGCCAAGGCUUGCUGGCGCUAGGUGUCGGGUCCUCAGGCUCAUUACUUGAUAACAUGAGAGGGAGACGGAAUAGUGCGAUUAUACCUCCUACAACAGCAGAGGCUAUUAGUAGCAGUGACUAUGUAGGAAUCAAGUUCGAGCCUGGCGAGGAGAAGGAAAUUUUGGCAUACUUGAAUACGCACUUGAGGCUUGUGUCCAAGCUUAUAUUUGACAUGUUCAUCUCGGCGCCGGGCCUUGCGUUCGCCAAGAGUAUAAAGGAGAGCCAAUUGGAAGAGUAUCUUGAGCGCGUGCGAUCGAUUCAUAUCCAGAACCAGGACCUCAGUGCUCAGAUCGAGGACCUUACUAUCCAACUCUCCAUGAUUCCAUGCACCACUCGCCUCACAGCCUCGAGACUCUCACGAGAAUUGCCUGUCAUCCCACCUUUCAAACCCUCCGUUGCAACUACAUCCAUUCCAAUGCCCAAUCACGUUCAAACGCACCAACACCAAUAUCCGCUUUCUGAUGCCAAAUACAAUGCUCGGGAGGUCCUAAGGGUUCCUUUAGGCACUCCUCAUCUCAACGGACAAUUCAGUAGCAGCAGGAUUGACGAACAUAAAAACAGCAACACCAGCAUUGGCGAAAAGCCAAUGUAUGGGGGUCCCCUUGCUCGAGCCUCCUCGCAGUACAAACCCAGCCCAUUGCAACAGCUUCAUCCAUCAGUCCAUGCCCUCCAACAACAAAAGCAGCAACAGCAGCACUCAGGCGUUGCUUCUGCUAAUGCUGUGGGACGCACUCGAAAAGCCGCAGUCAUUGGGUCACUUGAGAGCUAUAGCUUGAACAAUGCAAACUACCGUGAAAGCACUGCUACGCCUCCAUUGUCCCCAAAGCUGGGCCGCCAAACCUCUAUCAAAGGGAGCUUGUAUGAUGAUACAGUAGCAGUAACUCCUGCUAGCGCAAAUAGUGGCAUUGGUCACCGCGAAGUGAGUGGAAGGGGCUAUAACCCGUUGCCACGAGAUGGCCAGGACGGGAGUAUGGAGCGGAAACAGCAAUCGACACCAACACAAGCCGCACCAACGAAUAGGCGGCCUACAGUUGGGGAGACCAUGCCUAAUAGCUCAAGAGUUGCUGCUACUGCCACUACCGCAGCUUCACCAUAUUCGACAUCAUUUGCAAAUUUAUCAACUUCGCGAUUGCCUAUUGUCCCACCCAAGAGUAAGCAUCGACCAAUGUCCAUGGACAGCCAUGGCUUUAGUUAUGGCGCCAUUCCACAUGCUGACCAUACACAAAACGUAUCACCACGCACUCAAAUGCCAAUGCCACCAGUAACUCGGCCCAGUAUGAAUCCAAAGCGUUCUUCAGCACCUAUUAUCGUCCCAGCCAUUUUCCGAGACGGUAACAAAAACCUCAAAAACGUUUCUACUGCUGUUACUGCCACCGCCCUGUCACGGAGUGGUAGCGGCAGCGCAUUUGGACGGACAAAUCAUAACAACAAUGGCGAUCAGAUGAUGGUCAAGUCAUACAGCGGCACAGACGAUGUCGAUCGUGAUCAACUUCACCGCUGCAAAAGCAGCACCAGCGCACUGACAGCCGAUAGUGCAGUAGCCCACAUAGGUGCUACUUCGACUGCGGCCCCUAAUCGAGGCCAAGAUCAAGGUCAAGGCAAUAACCCCCAGAGAAAGACAGACUAUGGUGUUUCUGAAACGUCGACUUGCUCCUCCACGACUUCCUCUGGCUUCACCACCACCACAUCGUCCAACUCCUCGAUAUUUAUAUCGGCACUCUCGUCCGAGAUUCAGAAGCAUUCAUUCUUAUCGGACACAGAUGCAGCAUCGGCGGCGGCUGUUUCUCUGGCUUCUUCGCCAAAACCACCGGUAACCACGGUUUCUGCUACCGAAGGAAAGAAUAUGUCUUAUGAAGAUCCCCAGUCUUCUUCUUCAUUAAUGACGCCUGUCAACUCUGUCAACAAGACGAUCACCACUACUAUAGUCCCGCGAGGGGUACAUGGGUUCCGGCCUGUGGAUUUCGAUAAUCAGAUCCAAGAAGAUGUUCGUCGAAUGGCUGCUUCGUCUGCAACUUCCCUCGACAGUAUGCGUGAUCGACAAACAUCUAUUCAAAGAGACGACAAGGAUAAAAACAUAGAUAACAAGACCAAAGGGGAUAAAAACUCUGGGAGAUCAACCUCUAGUAUUGUCAGCAAACUUGAAAUCCGAGCUACAGAUCCUAAAGUUUUAGAGGCCCCCAUUGUGCUGCCAGAGGAUAUUCCUCAGACCCGGGAUCAGUACCUACAGAACCAAAUUUCUAGCAUCGUGCUGCCGCCAUUAGGGCCCUUACAUGAACUAAGGACAGACCUUAAUUAUAGUAAUAGCAGUAAAAAAGCGGAAUCUGGACUCUCCAGGGGCUUUAGUGUUGGAAACGGUAUCCCUACUCCAGCAGCACCAAUAUCCAACCUUAGUAUGGCUGACAGUCGUGUGCCAAAGGCGUUAUUCUGGGGACAAGCAGCACAACCUACGACAACAACAACACCAAACGGCGAAGUGAGAGGAUACUCGAGGCUACCACAGCCUACAGAUAGGAGGCGCAGCUCAGUUGACCCUUCAAUACCACCACCAUCAUUAAUUUCUUCCUCUACAUCUGCAUUACCUUCUGAUGGGGAGAGUAGAACCUUUGAUGAUGCCAAAGUCUUUGCACGGACAUGA